AUGCGCCCUCUUAUCCUCCACAACGUCCCGGACGAUGAGCUCUACACGGGCGAGGACGGCAUCCAACGGCCCUAUGCCAUGAUCUUUCCAGAGAGCGACCGCCAACGAGAUGCGCCGCGCCGACGAGCAGUAGCAGAGACGGGCUCCUUCGGCAAGUCGACGCGGAGGUCGCGGUCCAGGACGGGCAGUCUCCCGCCCAAGCGCGAGGAUGCGACCAUGCAGUCCGCCGACCGCGUCUUCUCCGACUACCUCGCCAACCAGGAACAAGCUGCCACCGCCACCGGCUCCCAGCGCAAGUCGAGCUUCAUGGCCCAGUCGAAUGGCGUCGACGAUGCCGCCUCGGCCCAACCCCCGCGCAUCGUCCAGGAGCCGACCGAGGUCGUCUUGCGGGGCUACAGGUCCUCGCUGCAACAGUACGCCGCCAUCAGCCAUUACGAGCAGCUGGCCGGCCGCAUAUGCGAAGACUACCCGCGCGACCCUCCCAUCGAGCAGCGCAAGUACAAGUCGGAACUGCGCGAUCCCGCCUUCACCCGCCGCCAGCCCCUGACCCCCCAGGAGAGGUCCAAGGUCAACCAAGUCGCCGGCGGAGAACACUGGAUCAAGAUCACCUUCGAGUCCGCCGAUGCUGCGAGCGCCGCCGUCUACUCCUCGCCCCAGAAGAUCCUCGGCUAUCUGGUCUAUGCCGAGCCCUACCGAGGGCUGCCCCCACUGGAGGAUGCCGCUGUUGUGGACAUUGUGGGUGACGUGGGCAUGCUGCAGGACGAACAACCCUUGUCGCGAGCCCAGUCGCUUCGCCGACAAUCAAGAGGCAAGGCCUCGCCUCUGCCCAAGAGAUUCCAGACAACACCUUUUACCGGCCGCGGUUCGGCAAUCGACCUAUGGUACGACGGGUCGCCCCCUGAGUCGCAGACGUCAACCCACACCAUCGACUCGGCGACCCUCUCCUCAACCACCGGCACCGCCUCCACUGCCACCAUCACUGGUGCCGCUCUCAACGGCAGCGUGGCCGCCGACGGCAUCCAGAGGCCCGAGCACCCCGCAGAGCCAUCCAACAGCGAGUUCUGCAGAGUCAUCCCUACGGCGCGCCGGGCUAAGGUCCUGGGCGCGGAGCAGGCUCUGCUUCCGCGAAAGGGCUUGGUGCAGCGCAUCACCAGCCGUGUGCCGCUGCUCGGCUGGUUCAGCGGGAGCAUGAUCGGGAACGAGGUGCCCCGCACCGACAGCGGAGACUUUGACUUCAACCGGGCCAGUCUAUACUGGCAGUUCAUGUGGUGGCUGGACUACUGGUUUGGGCUGUUUGGUCAUGAGAUCGACCAUCCCGAGAAGGAGGACUAG